UGGUCUUGGGUGCUGUAAAAUCUUACAAACUCGGAUACUUGGUCAACUCUCAUUAGGUCACAAGCCAAAAUUCCCAGCUUGUUCUGUGACUGGAUCCAGUAGCACAGRCUGCGGUGGAAACAGCACAACUUUACACUUGAAUGUGAACACUUAGGGAGAACUGGAGCAAGCGAAGUCAAUGAGGUUGAGAAAGCUUUUAUGACACUUGGAAAUGUUUCAAUGAAUUUUAUGGAUCRCAGCAAUCCCAGGUGGAAAAACAGGAAGACAGACGUGCUGAGAAGGAGAGAAUGGAUGAUUCUACCAGAGCACAACAGUCACAUGCAGGGAAUGAGGUCUGUAAUCAGUCUUCCCCUUAACUUAUUAAUGGAGCAGUAGAGACAAAAAUAAGAAAGAUUUCAUCCUUCAAACCAAGGAAUUAYCAUGUCUUAUCAUUACAAUGAAGAGUUUGAAAAUCCAGACUACCACUUCUCUGAGACACUGGAAAUGGAUAGGAGGGGGAGUUCUCAAAGGAAUGYGUUCUCUCCCCAAAGCCCCUAUGAUCCUUCCCUGGGCUCCUAUGGAGAGCGCAGAGGGAGAGAGCAGAACCACCCCGUGGCCAUCCCCAUGGACUCCCUGGGACCUGGCUCUGAGAGCAGCCAGCAUUUACCAAGCACGAGUCCAUAUGGAAAUUUCACAGACAAUCUUUCCUUUGAGCCUCAGCCAGAGCUGAUUGACACCCCACAUUCCACCUCCCAUCUGCUGGAUUAUCCUGAUACCCGCAGAAUUUCCCAUGGAUCAGAAGCCUGCUUCAUUCGGAGACGCAGCCGAAGACCACCCGAUGAGACCUUCAUGACUUUCUCCAGCAUGUUUGAAACAGAUCCAGUGUGCAGUGGAGAGAAAGAUUUAGUUGAAGGUCUUGCAAGUAUGUCCACCAACGAAAGGAUUAGAGCAAUCCAGAAGCUGCCAGAAACCAUGACAAAAAAGAGAGACAUCAGAAAUAAAGUUCUUAAUGAAAUAACAAAAAAAGCAACACACCGUGGUGCUCGGCCUUCCUGCUGUACACAGUGUCUGCAGGGAGCAGCAGUGUCGUUCCGGAGACUUGGAAAUACCCUUUCAGAAUAUUUUUACCURCUGUGGAUAUGGCACAAGGCUCUGAAGAUCAUUGGUGCUGAAUUUGGAACAAGUGUUCUUUCUUACUUUGUUUUCUUGAAGUGGCUGCUAAAUUUUAACCUCUUCUCAUUCCUCAUGAACUUUGGUUUCAUCACAAUUCCUCAGUUUCUUGCAGCAGAACCAAAUAAUCUUUCAUUCACGGGCCUGGAGCUGUUCACWGGAGCUGGUUAUUUUCAACAAACAGUGCUCUACUAUGGCUUUUACACCAAUGCUACAAUCAGCAAAAUAGAGAAUGGUCCAUCUUACAACAUGCAACUUGCCUAUAUUUUCACUGUUGGAAUAUAUUUUGUCAUUUGCUUUCUUAUCUUGUUGUUCAGCAUGGCAAAAUCCUUCUGCAGGAACUUCCUUAAUGUUCAGGCAUACUCUGGGAACGCCAGCAAGUUGCUCUGUACUUGGGAUUUCAGUAUAACUAAUGAAAAAGCUGUGAAGCUGAAACAAAAGAAUCUCAGCACACAAAUAAAGGAAGACCUCAUGGAAGUAAACAAAGAAGUUAUAAAYUUUUCUGUGAGGGAGAGAGUUCUUCGCAUUGCUGUUCAUCUUUUUGCUUGGGUUUUUUCCCUGGGAGCAGCAGUUGCUGCCUGUGCUGGUGUUUACUUCCUCUSCAUUAACAACCUCAAGCUGUUCAUGAAAGGGCAGAGAAAUGAUCUCGAGAGCCAAGCUGCCAUGUUGGUGCUACCUGUGAUUGCAUCUCUCCUCAACACACUGAUCCCAUUCUUCUUCUCCUGGCUUGGGCACCUGGAGAGGUUUCAGAGUCCUGGACAGCACAUAUAUGUCACUAUUGUCAGAAAUAUCAUCCUGAAAAUGUCCAUUGUUGGAAUACUGUGCUACUACUGGCUUAACAUUGUCGCUGCCUCAGAGUCACAGUGCUGGGAAACUCUGGUUGGCCAAGAUAUCUAUCGUCUUGUUCUAGUUGACUUCAUAUUUUGUUUGCUUGGCUCUUUCUUUGGAGAGUUUUUACGAAGAAUUAUUGGAACUACAGUCUGUGUGAGCCUGGGGCUGCCAGAAUUUGACAUUGGACGAAAUGUUUUAGAUUUGAUCUAUGCACAAACUUUGACCUGGAUUGGUAUCCUGUUCUCACCUCUGCUGCCUGGUAUCCAGAUGAUAGCAUUUUCUAUARUAUUUUUUGUGAAAAAGGUCAGUCUGAUGAAGAAUUGUCAACCCCCAUGCAAAGUCUGGAGAACUGCUCAAAUGACAACAUCCUUCAUGUUCCUGCUGUUUUGUCCYUCCUUGGUUGGAGUCCUGUCUGUCAUUGGAGUCACUGUCUGGAGGUUAAAACCUUCAGAGGGUUGUGGUCCUUUCAGAGGCUUGUCUUCUAUGUAYGCUGCAGUCUCUGAGUGGAUACAAACACUGGAAAGUUACACUGCCUCUAAAUGGGUGGUGUGGAUCUACCAUAACUUAAUUACAAGUGAACUUUUCUUCUUCAUCCUCUCUGGUAUUGUACUAAUUUUUGCUUAUCUUUACUGGCAAAUAAUACGAGGAAGAAAGACAAUGACCAAACUCUUACGUAAGCAAAUUAUUAAUGCAGGACAAGAUAAGAUGUUUCUACUUAAACAACUGCGGGCCCUGCAAAGAGCAAAGCGAAGCUCAUCUGCACUGGACCAGGGCCAGCAGCUCAGUCUGACUCCUCAGAGAAGCUCCUCUCCAUAUUGCCCAUCCAGGCAAGCUGCCCAGGAAGUGCCAGACUACCCAGGAAAUGCAUUUGACAGAAACCAAAACCAAUCCUACAAUGAGCAUCCCUUUUCUGCUGGGAUCUCGAGCAGCAGUGAUUUUCCACUAGGUAAGCAACAAAGAUGAAACACAGAAAGCUGUUGGAAGUUCAGCUCAGUAAAAAUGUUUGGUGUACAGACACAGCACGUGACAACUGCAUGUCAGAGACACAGCAUUUUAGUAUCUUGUGUAAAGAGAAAAGACUGGGCUUGUGGGGUGAAUAUUUUCUAUAGGUUGUGCCUGUAUUGUUCUGGAGGAGGUGGUGAUUUUUAAAGACUGACCACUCAUUUCUGUAUGCUAGAGAGCAAAAUUCCUGGGUAAAUGAAGGAAUCUUAUGGGAGAUUUGGUCUUAUGGGAGCACCCAAUAGUGAGAAUUUUARCUCACUUUAGAGAUUAGACUUCACAUCUUGGUAUGAAUGUCAGAAGAGGUUACUAACGAUGCAGAGUCCCCAGGACAUCAUCAUGCUCACAAUGAAACUAUCCUGAUUUACACAGUCACACAACUUCAUCCCGAGGAGCUGUGCUCCCUGCGCAGCACGGGGCUGUUUGCUCGUGUGGUGCUGCCCAGCACAGCACUAACGCUGUUCUCUUGUGCCCUGCAGGCUGGGAGCCCUCCCCGCCYGGCCCCGGCCCCUCGCGGGCCCUGCAGCUCGCUCUGCGCGCCCGGCAAUCGGCGCUGAGCCAGGACCCCCAGAACUGGAACUGGAACCGGGCAGCACCGAGGGAAAUCACCGACAGCUGACUGCAGCAAGCGACGCUCUCUUGCACUAAUGACUGGAAGAAUAACCAUUUUUUACCUCUAAAUGGAAGGAAAAUAGAGAACAGGAUUGCAAAAUGCACUGGGACUUCAGUUACUGCGAUAGGGAAUAUGCACCUGUUGGCAUUUGGUGCCAGCCUUCCCCCAGCACUCGCAUCGCCUGGAUGUGAUAAGGCUUCCUCCUCAGCUGACCACGUGGUGCUGACUAAAUGUAAGGAAACCUGUGYCUAAUUGUAAAUAAAAGUUCUGCUUUAAUUUUUUUUAUCAGUUAUAUUGUUUAAAUGGUUUUUAUCUGAUCUAAACCAAACCUGAAGUAUUGGUCAAAUAAACAGAAGGGAA